AUGCUAUGCUUUAGUGUACCUGCUACUGCUUAUUUGGAAUGUUUGCGACAUAAGUUUGCCUGUUACUGUAUUGGCCACAUUGCAAACUGUUGCUCGCUAAAUGGGCCGUAUUGCAUGCUGUCACCCAUGAUAUUGGUCAUAUUGGAAGCUGAUACUCACGAUAGGAACCAUGUUAUUAGCCAUAUUAUAUGUCAAGAGAAUUCCGAAAGCAAAGGAACCGGUGUGACUGCCCUCCCAUAUAUUCCUGUUUAUAGAGAAAGAAAAGCUGAUUACGCCAAUGCUGUGGGAAUUUGGAGCAAUAGGAUCAGACAUCCAAAGUUAAAGGUUCCGCACAUCUCCUGCAGAGCAGUAUGCUGCGGUUGCAAAACUUUAUGGAAUAGAUGCAGACCCAAAGCGACUGAGCCAAGCAUUUGGAUCAAGCUUCAAGAAACAAGAAAACCUAUCUCCAAACUUUGGUGCCAGUUGUGUAGGUUGGCAAAAUUGGUGGUUGUCAGUGGUUAAAGACACUUUCCAUGGAGCUGACUAUCAUGUUGAUGAUAAAACUUUGACAUCAGUUGGAUACCAUCUUCUUAAACUCUUCUCAACAUCAAGUCCAUAUGAGCUGUUUGAUGGAACUAUUCCCUUUUUAGAAAAAAUCAGCAACAGAACUUCAAAGCUUGGAGUAAUAUCUAAUUCUGAUGACCGACUUGAUGGAAUCUUAAGACAAUUGGGAGUACGGCAUUACUUUGACUUUGUCCUUUGUUCCUAUAAUGUGAAGGUUGCUAAACCUGACCCAGAGAUAUUCUAUCAUGCUCUAGCAGUAGCAGGUGGCAAGAUUGAACCAUCAGAGGCCCUCCAUAUUGGUGAUGACCUGCAGCGUGAUUACUUGGGGGCAAGA